UCUGGCCCCGGCUCCGUCCCGACCCCCGGCCUGACCCACUCCGGCCCUGCUCCGCCGAGCGGUCCGCGGUGCACCCGGGCGGCCUCCGGAGCAACCCAAGCCCAUGAGGGCCGCGCGCCCGGCCGCCGGCGCAGACGAGACGGAGCUCCCGGCCCCCGAGGAGGAGCGGAGGAUCAAUGAGGUUCCAGAAUCGAUUCCAGCGGUUCAUGAACCACCGGGCCCCAGCCAAUGGCCGCUACAAACCAACUUGUUAUGAACAUGCUGCUAACUGUUACACACAUGCAUUCCUCAUUGUCCCGGCCAUCGUGGGCAGCGCCCUCCUCCAUCGGCUGUCUGACGACUGCUGGGAGAAGAUAACAGCAUGGAUCUAUGGCAUGGGCCUCUGUGCCCUCUUCAUCGUCUCCACAGUAUUUCACAUGGUGUCAUGGAAAAAGAGCCACCUAAGGACAGUGGAACAAUGUUUCCACAUGUGUGAUAGAAUGGUUAUCUAUUUCUUCAUUGCUGCGUCUUAUGCGCCAUGGUUAAAUCUCCGUGAACUUGGACCCCUGGCAUCUCAUAUGCGUUGGUUUAUCUGGCUCAUGGCAGCUGGAGGAACCAUUUAUGUAUUUCUCUACCAUGAAAAGUAUAAGUUGGUUGAGCUCCUUUUUUAUCUCACAAUGGGCUUCUCUCCAGCCUUGGUGGUGACAUCAAUGAACAACACGGAGGGACUUCACGAGCUCGCCUGCGGGGGCCUGAUUUACUGCCUGGGCGUGGUCUUCUUCAAGAGCGAUGGCAUCAUCCCGUUCGCCCAUGCCAUCUGGCACCUGUUUGUGGCCACGGCCGCCGCCGUGCACUACUAUGCCAUCUGGAAGUAUCUUUACCGGAGCCCCACAGACUUCGUGCGCCAUUUAUGACUGUUCUGCACCAGGUGUCCGCACCAGUAUUAUUUCAGCGAUGGCACUUGGGAGAGGGGCAAGAGCUGCCUAUUGCACAGGAGGAGGAAAAAGACAACUGCACUGACUUUCUUUAUAUAGUCUGACUAUAAUUACUGUGAAAGUAUCAAUGCUGUGUUCUGGAGUGUUCCAGGACGAAUCCGUUAAGGUAGUGAACUAAUUAUUCAUUCCAUUCCACUGUCAUGCAGGACUCUGGAUAGACUUGGCCAACUGAUGUUUACAAACCAGAAUUUUGUAUUUCGAUUUUACAGACUUUACUACAUGGGUUUUUCUAAAUCACUAGGUCGGGUUGUGGAAGUCAGUGCAACAGCAAAGCUUCCUUUUGAAGAGAAACUCGUUUCUAUCACUUUCCCAUCAGCUGCGGAAAGAAUCAUGGGCAGAACUUACACUACUUUCGCCAUGUUUUAUCCUGACACAACAUGGUUCUUUUUUAAACAGUAACUUCGUUUUUUUGUACAUUAAAAAAAAAGAAAGAAAAAGUUCCAUGGACACGCAUCUCUGCGGGUCCCCGCCCAUGUGCAUUCUGGCAGCAAGCCGUCCACAUUCCACAGGCAAACCAACAUUGUGCCUCUUCGGAUGGUUUCACGGGGCCGGAGAAAUUGCCAAUUUUUAAAAACCGCAGUUUUCCAGACGUUUUCUGCCAACCCCUGACUCCAAGUUCCGGGCUGCUUUGGGCCACGGCCUUGACUAGUUUGGUUUACUGAUGAUGGAGAAGUAUUUUGAUAUCCAUUAACUUUUUCAAAAGAGGCACCUUUUUCUCUGCGCCUUCGCCCUGUUCCCUUCAGGGUGCUCC